AUGUCGUUCAGGAGGCUGCUGAGCGCGGUGCGCUCCGCUAGGGAAGCGCUCGCCAGGGGCGCCCCCUUGGCCGACGGCGUACUCAAGUCGCUCAUAUCGCUCAUGGUCAUAUGCUGUAUUGCCGUCACGUCGCCACAGACGGCGUCCGCGAAGCCUUUCGCCUUCAGCUUCCCCGCCGGCUGGUCGCUGGCGGGCCUGGUGGGCACGGUGGGCCCCCGCUCCGAGGAGGCGGAGCGGCGGGAGCCCGCGGCCGGCGUGAAGCCCUACACGGGCCGCCGCGUGGGCAACGACACGCUGCGCAUGAUCUACCACCACGACCAGACGGUCGCGGUGGUCGAGCUCGGCCCCGGGAAGCUGCUCCUCAACUGCGAGCUCAUCGAGACAUAUGAUGAAGAGGACACGGGGCGACUGCUGCGGCAGCUGGGCAGGCUGAACCGGCCGUUCGGGGUCACCUUCCGGCAGAUGAUCAAACUCAUGAGCCAGUGUCAGCAGGUAUCUAAAGUGAGAGUUGAAGGCGUAGAAGCGUGGGACAACGGGCGCCCAGAGACCAGCGCUGGACACGAGCGGGGAGCGGCGGCGCGGCUGAGGGCGGGCGGGGCACACGCCGGCCUGCUGGGCGGCAGCCCCUUGUCUCUGCUGCAGGGCAUCAUACCAGGCACAAAAUGGUGCGGCACCGGCGACAUAGCGGCGGACUACCACGACCUGGGCGCGGACCGGCCCCUGGACCGCUGCUGCAGGACGCACGACCUGUGCCCCACCAAGGUGCGCGCCUUCUCGCGCCGCUACAACCUCACCAACAACUCGCUGUACAGCAAGUCCCACUGCACCUGCGACGACAUGCUCUUCGACUGCCUCAAGAGCACGAACACGUCCGCCGCGCACCUCAUGGGCCACAUCUACUUCAAUCUCGUGCAGGUCCCCUGCUUGGAGGACCAGCCGAACGGCCUACAGUUCAGAGACGCUAAGCAAGGCUUC